CGCCGGCCUUCCGGCUUCUGCGCCCGGGGCGGCCUAGCUUGGACACCUCCCUCUACCGGCAGGAAAAGCGUUGGGGACCCGACUCCGGAGAGUAGGGAAGGUUUAAACAGAUCAAUUCAUGAAAAACACUUAGAACAGUGUUUAGCACAUGGUUACUUUAUCUACUCACAUAACCUCAUCAUCCUGCUCUACCUCUUCAAAAUAGAAUUUCUUCACGUCUACCUAAAAAUAUUAUGCCGGUCUCUAGUUCAUUAGAGUAGCUGAGUUAUGUCCAAGGUAUACUACCAAAAGCAAUACCGGCUCCCAGAAUUCACCUUAUUCAACCACUGAGUCUGGGAAUUUCCUCGCCAAGAUAUUGGCUAAGAAGUCGAAAAAUCAGAGUUAAUUUAGUUCUUCGGUGCGACUAUUGCAGAUCUCUAAUCCAGAAGCUGCCCCUCACCACAGAGCUGUUUAUCUAUAGUCCGGCCGGCUUUAGUCCAGAUUUCGCGGGAGAGUCGAAAUGCGCCGCUGGCCGGAAGAGUGCUUAUCUGCCCAGGAAAAGCGUUCCUAAGAGGGGCCUCCGAGGGCGCGCGUGCAGCUGGGCAGGCGUCCAGGUGCCGGCGUGGACGGCGAGGGGACCGAGAGCCAAAGUCCGCUGAGAAGCCGCACCUCAGCCCUCAAGGUCCCUGGUGCACGACUCAAACGCCCCCCACGCCCCCAACCCGGCAAAGGAACUCAGCGCUGCGGCUAGGAACCCUUCACAGGCCGGGGAAAGGUGUACUCAGCGGCUGACGCGUCCAGCAUUCUAGCCGCGGGCUGGAGACCAAUUGUCACCGUAGAGCCCCCGCAAGAGAGGCGGGGCGGAGUUGUCUCUCACAGCGCUUGCGCUUAGGGUCGGUUUCCAGGGGCCAGGCAGGCGGGAGGCGGAAACCAGCGCGGAGAGCCACGGAGGCCCACUGCGUGCGCAGGCGCACUCAGCCACCUUCCGUUUCUUGGAGCGCCCAAUUUCCCCGCAGACCUCGGGGCGGGGCCAAGUGCGGGGAGAAGUCACCCUCUCAGUAUCCGCUCGCUGAGGCCGUUGUCACCACCGCCUCCAAUCUGCAACAGUCAUGUUGCCCAACACGGGGAAGCUAGCAGGAUGUACUGUCUUCAUCACAGGCGCGAGCCGUGGCAUUGGCAAAGCUAUUGCUUUGAAAGCAGCAAAGGAUGGAGCAAAUAUAGUCAUUGCUGCAAAGACUGCCCAGGCACACCCCAAACUUGCAGGCACAAUCUAUACUGCUGCUGAAGAAAUCAAAGCAGCUGGAGGAAAGGCCUUGCCAUGUGUUGUUGAUGUGAGAGAUGAACAACAAAUCAGCAGUGCAGUGGAGAAAGCAGUUGAGAAAUUUGGAGGAAUUGAUAUUCUGGUGAAUAAUGCCAGUGCUAUUAGCUUGACCAACACAUUGGAAACACCUACAAAGAAAGUGGAUUUGAUGAUGAACAUCAACACCAGAGGCACCUAUCUUACAUCUAAAGCAUGCAUUCCUUAUUUGAAAAAGAGUAAAAUUGCUCAUAUCCUCAAUCUCAGCCCACCGCUGAACCUAAAUCCACUGUGGUUCAAACAGCACUGUGCUUACACCAUUGCUAAGUAUGGUAUGUCUAUGUGUGUGCUUGGAAUGGCAGAAGAAUUUAAAGGUGAAAUUGCAGUCAAUGCAUUGUGGCCUAAAACAGCCAUAUACACUGCUGCUAUGGAUAUGCUGGGAGGAUCUGGUAUUGAAAGCCAAUGUAGAAAAGUUGAUAUCAUGGCAGAUGCUGCAUAUUGCAUUUUCAAAAAGCCAAAAAGUUUUACUGGCAACUUUAUUAUUGAUGAAAAUAUCUUAAAAGAAGAAGGAAUAAAAAAUUUUGAUGUCUAUGCCGUUACACCAGGCCAUCCUUUGUUACCAGAUUUCUUCCUGGAUGAACAGCCAGUUACAGUUACCAAGGAACCAGCAACACAUGGUGCUCUUCCAGAAUUGAAAGAAAAGGAGGCGCAGCCACCACCAAAACCACGUUCUGGAGCUGUGGAAGGGACAUUUAGAAUUGUUAAGGACUCUCUCAGUGAUGAUAUUGUUAAAGCCACCCAAGCAAUCUAUCAGUUUGAACUCUCAGGUGAAGAUGGUGGAACAUGGUUUCUUGAUCUUAAAAGCAAGGGUGGCAAUGUCGGACAUGGAGAGCCCUCUGAUCGGGCAGAUGUGGUGAUGAGUAUGUCUACUGAUGAUUUUGUAAAAAUGUUUUCAGGGAAACUAAAACCAACAAUAGCAUUCAUGUCAGGAAGAUUGAAGAUUAAAGGAAACAUGGCCCUAGCAAUCAAAUUGGAGAAGCUAAUGAAUCAGAUGAAUGCCAGGCUGUGAAGAGAAAAAAAAUGUUGACCGCUAAGCUCAAAAAGUAAAAGGGUUCAAUAGUUAAAAUUGAAUGUUUGUUUUCAUCCCUAUUAUAAGGAUAUACAUGUUUGUUCUGGAAAAAAUAGAAUUUCUGUAUCUAUAAGACUUGAAAUUGUAAUUAAAACAGCUAGCCAACCAAACAUAAGCAUCAUUAAGUAGAAUUCUAAGAUAUUCUAUUUUUCUUAUUUUGUGAGUUUUGCCCUCUGAGUCCUGUAUCUCAUACACCAUCAUCUUCUGGGAAAAGUAUUAUUAGUAAUCAAUUGGGGUCAAGCAGCAACAUUACUUUUUUCAUAUCUUUUUCCCACGUAAAAUGAGACUAGUCUGUUUUAAACUUUUCAGUUUAGGAUUGUAUACUAAUGAUAUUUUAGAGUUUUAUAAACUUGUUUUAAAGAAAAUCUUCUAUAUUACAUUUUCAUAGAAAUCACAUAAUAAACUACUUAAUAAAUACUAUUUGUGAAGACAAAUUAAACAAAAAGUAUAUUUUGUUAACUACCUUUCUAAGUGUAAGGUAUUUUACCUAUAGGAAAAUAUUAUUGAUGUAAUUCAACUAACUGCAGUAUAUAUAUCCUAUUUUAAAGUAUGUAAAAAUAUCCUAAGAUAAUUCCUCCCCAGAAGUGUGCACUUGGUCACAGUGUUUUGAAAUGAGAACAUUAGAAUAGAUGGUUGUUAUGGGCUGAAUGGUAUGCCCCCUUCAUAUGUUGAAGUCCUAACUCCAAGAAUCUCAGAAUUGAUUGUAUUUGGAGAUAAGAUCUUUAAAGAGGUGAGUAAAACCCAGGCUUUUAGGGUAGGGUGGGCCAUAAUCCAGUCUGACUGGUGUCCUUAUAAGAGGAAAUUUGGACACAAAAGAGAGUCCAAGGAGGCACACACAGAGGAAUGACCAUGUGAGGACCAGCAAGAAGGCAGUCAUUUGCAAGCCAAGGAAAGAGGCCUCAGAAGAAACCAAACCUACUGACACCUUGAUCUCAGACUAGUCUCUAGAAUUGUAAGAAAUUUCUGUUGCUUUAGCCACUCAGUCUGUGGUAUUUUGUUAUUGUAGUCCUAGUAAACUAAUGCAAUAGUUUGUUUGUAUUUCUGUUACGAACACAAGUUCCUAUGCAGUACACACAGUGAGGCCAAACUGAAACAUUGGAGUUUGUAGCAGAGAAAGGUUUAUUACAGGGCCAAGCAAGGAGAAUGGGUGGAUUGUGCUCAAAAAACCCAAACUCCCCAAUGGUUUUCAGGGAGAAGUUUUUAUAGGCAGAAUUUGGGGUGAGCGCUGUGUGACUGUCUCCUGAUUGGUUGGUGGUGAGGUAACAGAGAGGUGUUUCAGAAAUCUUGUGCUCAGCCUGAAGUUACCAUCCUCCACCUGGGUGGGGGCGUUAGUUCUUACAGAAGAAUGCAAAGAUAUUGUUAUAUAUAUUCCUUGAAGAGGAACCAGGACCCUGCCCCAAGGCUGCACUAUUGUUUCUUGACUACUCCUCCCCUGUUUCUGCAUUCCCUCCCUUCCCUGAUUAGCAACUGUUUGAAUCUGCCCUUUGUAACUCAGUGAAGGUCAAGGAGGCUGAAUGAAGCCUAUUUCCUACAAACAAGAAAUAGGGGAUACAGAAAGGCUUUGUACCUAGGAUGGCCCCACAGGGUCCUUCUCUGUUUCAUUUCUUUUUUUAAAAAAGUUAAACUUAUUUUUUUUAAGCUCCUAUCUUUCCUUUUAAUCAGUUAAAAAUACUUGUUCAGUGUAAUUCUUUCACUUCUCACCUUCCACUCACUUUAAUAUUAUUGUGCUGUUAAGCAACUUAGCUAAUUCUGACAUUUUGUAGAAUCAUAACAUUAGGAGCACUUAAUCUGUAUUUUACAAAUCAGGAAACAGAGGAUCAGAGAUAGGAAAGGACUAGCCCAAGGUCAAAAUUAACAAGCCCUUUCCAACAACCUCCCAGUACAUUGGCCUUGGAUAGAACUUGAAGACCCCACUUCCCCCUCCUUGAAGCCCAGAUAGAUUGACUUUGAUAUGGCAGGCUCACAACUCCCUUGGCCUCUCCUGUUCAUUUCCAGCCACAUUAGGAUCCCUGUCAGAUGUUGCCAGCAGACUCCUUUUCUACUGAAAUUUUCUAAAGACUUUUCUUCUUUCUCUGCAUUUUCCACAUGGCUUCAAAGCUUUGGGAAAAUAAAAACUAGAAAAUAUUGUGAGGCAGGAAUUCUGGAGUUUGGUUACUAAAACAUGAACUUGCUAAUUAAAAGGCCUUAGGAUAUCAGAAGAAAAUCUUUCCACAGGGCCCUGGUUUUCAUAUCAGUAAUUGAGGGAGUUGGAUGAGGUCCUCUGCAGCCUGUUUUCGCUUAUUAUCACUAAGAAGUAGUGAGCAGUCUGUACUAUUUUAUCAGAAAUAAAGGUACCACAGCUACACUGCUAAAGCUUUCUCUCUUGCCACAUCCCCCAGCUGCCUUAAUGAAUUCAUGUGUUCCCUUCCCUUGGAUCUUGCCCAUUAACUGCACUGAGGUUGUAGAGUCUCCCAGAAGUUUUGAAUGGCCAUUUUGUGUGUGGUUCAGUAUCCAUUUGACCCCUGUUUCUGAAAUAGAAUGGUAUGGAGGGAAACCAUGCCAUUUGGCUUUUUAGUGUUUGAUGAAGUUAUUCAGACAUUUUAAAGAUGGUUUGUUGCUAGUAAUCCUAUAUUUUAACAAAUCCUCUUAAAUAGUGCCUUUUUUUUCUUUUUUCUUUUUUUGGCUGUGCCACACGGCUUGUGGGAUCUUAGUUCCCCGAGCAGGGAUCGAACCUGGCCCCAACAGUGAAUGUGCCAAGUCCUAACCACUGGACCACCAGGGAAUUCCCUUAAAUAGUGCCUCUUAAAUAAUCCUCUUAAGUAGAAGAAAAGAAGUCUUUUUCCUCUACCUAUCUUAAGUUUUCAGUUGGGGUCCUGUAAAUUAGACUAACAAAAGAUAGAUUAGCAAGAGAAAAACAAAUAGAAGUAUUAACAUAUGCAUUGCACAUAAACAUGGAAGCAUUCAGACAUGAGUAACUCAAAGAUGUGGUUAGAACUUGAGCUUAUACAACAAUGAACAAUAAAUUUUUUUGUGAAGGAACAAGACAAAGAGGACAUUCAGUUUCUAGGAUAGGAAACUGUAGGAAGGAAAAUAUACGUACAGUAAGAGUGAGUUUUGUAAGAAACUGCCAAAUAGAAAAAAAACUGUCAAAAAAAAAAAAAGCUGCCAAAUAGUCUUCCAAAGUGGCUGUACCAUUUUGCAUUCCUACCAGCAGCAUGUUCCUGUUGCUCCACAUCCUUGUCAGCACUUGGUAUUGCCAGGUUUUUGGAUUUUAGUCAUUCUAACAGGUGUGUGGUAGUAUCUCAUUGUUGCUUUAAUUUGCCAUUCCCUCGUGACAUAUGAUGUUGAACAUCUUUUCAUAUGCUUACUUUCCUCUAUAUCUUCUUUGGUGAGAUGUCUGUUGAGGUCUUUGGCCCAUUUUUAAAUCAGGUUGUUUUCUUAUUGUUGCAUUUUAAGAGUUCUUUGUAUAUUUUGGAUAACAAUCCUUUAUCAGAUGUGUCUUUCGUAAAUAUUUUUUCCCAAUCUGUGACUUGCUUUCUCAUUCUCUUGACAUUGUCUUUUGCGGAGCAGAAGUUUUUCAUUUUAAUGAAGCCCUGCUUAUCAGUCAUUUCUUUCAUGGAUCAUGCCUUUGGAGUUGUAUCUAAAAAGUCAUUGCCAUACCCAAGGUCAUCUAGGUUUUCUCCUAUGAUAUUUUCUAGGGAGUUUUAGUUUUGCAUUUGACAUUUAGAUCUGUAAUCCAUUUUGAGUAAUUUUUGUGAAAGGUGUAAAGCCUUUGUUUAUUUAUUAUUUUGCAUGUGUAUAUCCAGUUGUUCCAGCACCAUUUGUUGAAAAGACUAUCUUUGCUCCUUUGUCAAAGGUCAGUUGACUAUAUUCAUGUGGGUAUAUUUCUAGGCUCUCUAUUCUCCUACAUUGAUCUAUUUAUCCUUUCACUAAUACCACGCUAUGUGGUUACUUUAGCUUUAUAGUAAGUCUUGAAGUCAGGUAAUGUCAAUCUUAACUUUGAUCUUCAAUAUUGAGUUGGCUAUUCUGGUUCUUUCGCCUCUCCAUAUAACUUUAGAAUAAGUUUUUUCAUAUUCACAAAAUAACUUGCUGGGAUUUUGAUUGGCUUUGAGUUGAAUCUAUAUAUCAACUUGGGAUAAACUGAUGUUUUGACAGUAUUGAGUCUUCCUAUCCAUGAACAUGAAAUAUCUCUUCAUUUAUUGUUAUUCUUUGAUAUCUUUCAUCACAGUUUGGUAGGUCUUCUUAUAUAGAUCUUGCACAUAGUUUGUUAGAUUUGUAUCUGAAUAUUUAAAUUUUUUGAGUGCUAAUAUAAAUGAUAAUGUGUUUUACAUUUCAAAUUUCACUUCAUUACUGGUAUAUAGGAAUGUAAUUGACUUUUGUAUAUUAACCUUGUAUUUUACAACCUUGCUAUAAUAAUUUAUUAGUUCCCAGAAGUUUCUUUGGUAAUUUUUAUAGCUUUUCUAUAUAGACAAUUAUGUCAUCUGUGAACAGAGAGUUUUAUUUCUUCCUUCCCAACUUGUAUACCUUUUAUUUCCUUUUAAGUUAUUGCAUUAGCUAGCACUUCCAGUAUGAUGUUGAAAAGCAGUAGUGAGAGGGGACAUCCUUGCCUUAUUCAUGAUCUUAAUGGGAAAGCUUCUAGUUUCUCACCAUUAAGUGUGAUGUUAGUUGUAGGUUUUUUGUAGAUAUUCUUUAUCAAAUUGAGGAAGUUCCCCUCUAUUCCUAGCUUACUGAAAUAUUUUAUUAUGAGUGGGUGUUGGACUUUGUCAAAUGCUUUUUCUGCAUCUAUUUGUAUAAUCAUGUGAUUUUUCUCUUUCAGCCUGUUGAUGUGGUAGAUUACGUUAAUGGACUUUUGAAAGUUGAACCAUCCUUGCAAACCUAGGAUAAAUCCCACUUGGUUGUUUUUAUGGCCUAUAUGUUCUUAUGUCCACAAAUUUCAUAUAUUGAAAUCCUAACCCCCCAAGGAGCCUUUGGGAGGUGAUUAGAUCAUGAGGGUGGGGCCCUUAUGACUGGGAUUAAUGCCCUUAUAAAAGAGACCUCAGAGAGAGUUAGCUGGUCCCUUUCACCAAGCGAGGACAUGGCAAAAAGGUGCCACCAGUGAAUCAGAGCUCAGGCCCUCACCAUACACCAGAUCUGCCUGUGCCUUGGUCUUGGACUUCCCAGCCUCCAGAACUGUGCAAAAUAACUUUGUUGUUUUUAAACCACCUAGUCUCUUUUUGUUAUAGCAGGCUGAACAGGCUAAGACAACUGUGCUAUGUAAGUCCUUUUAUAUGUUGUUGGAUUCAAUUUGCUAAUAUUGUGUUGAGGAUUUUUGCAUCUAAGUUCAUGAGAGAUGUUGGUCUGUAGUUUUCUUGAAAUGUCUUUCUUUGGUUUUGGUACUAGGGUAAUGCUGGUUUCACAGGAUGAAUUAGGAAUACUUUCUGUUUCUGUCUUCUGAAGGGGACUGUAGAGAACUGGUAUAAUUUUCUUCCUUAAAUGUUUGUUAGAAUUCAUCAGUGAACUCAUCUUGACCUGGUGCUUUCUGUUUUGGGAAGUUAUUAAUUACCAUUUGCUUUAUUCCAUCUGUUCUGUAUAUCUUUGUUCUUCUUUUCUGGUCUUCUAUUUCUUUCUGUCUUCCUUGAAAGAAUCUCACAAAAUAUUUCCAUUUCCCAUUCCCAUCCUUUGUACUACUUUGUCAUACAUUUUAUUUCCACAUAUGUUUUAAACUCUACAGUAUAUUGUUUAAUAUUUUUGAUAACAGUGAAUUAUCCUUUUAAAGAUUAAAAAAAUGAGAAAAAAGUCUUUAAAUUUACCUAUAUGUUUACUCUUUGCACUGUCAACCUAUCCAUCACCAACUAUCCAAACACAUGAACAUAUCCAAGUUUCCUUCUGCCCCUUUGUAGCCAUUUAUGCCCAUCCUUGAUCCCAUUUCCAGCAAGUACUGAUCUGCUUUCUAUAACUAUAGAUUAGUUUACAUUUUCCUGGAAUUUACAUUAAUGGAGCCAUACAGUAUGUAUUUUCUGUUUGGCUUCUUUCAAUCUGCGUAAUUACUUUGAAAUUUGUUCUUAUCAUUACAUAUAUCAAUAGUUCAUUCCUUUUUAUUACUGCUGAGCAGUUUGCCAUUAUAUGAAUACACCACAGUUUGUUUAUCCAUUCACCUGUUGAUAGUCAUUGGGGUAGUUUCCAGCUUUUGGCUAUUACAAAUAAAGCUUCUGUGAACAUUCAUGUACCAAGUCCCUGUAUUCUCUUGGGUAUGAAAUGACUGGAUCAUAUGGUGUGCAUAUAUUUAACUUUUUAAGAAAUUGCCAAACUUUUUUCCAAAGUGGUUAUACUAUUUUACAUUUCACUAACAAUGUAUAGGAUUUCAUUUCUUCACAUUUUCAUCAACACCUGAUAUGUAGAGCCUUUUAAAUUUUAGCCAUUCUAAUAAGUAUGUAGUAGUAUCUAAUUGUAUUUUAACUUCCAUAUCCUUGAUGAGGAUGAGCAUCUUUACAUGUGCUUAUUUGACAUGCGUAUAUCGUCUUGAUUAAGUGUCUGCUCAAAUCUUUGCCCACAUUUAUUCCAUUGUUUGUUUUAUUAUUGAAUUUUGGGAGCUCUUUAUAUAUUCAGGAUACAAGUAAUUUUUCAGAUAUUUGCAAAUAUUUUCUCCCUUUCAAUAGAUUGUCUUUUUAUUCUCUUACCAGUGAUACAGGAAUAACAAAAUUUUUUUAAAUAGAUGAGGUUUGGGCUUCCGUGGUGGUGCAGUGUCUAAGAAUCUGCCUGCCAUUGCAGGGGACACAGGUUCGAGCCCUGGUCUGAGAAAAUCCCACAUGCCGUGGAGCAACUAAGCCCAUGUACCACAACUACUGAGCCUGCGCUCUAGAGCCUGUGAGCCACAACUACUGAGCCCACAUGCCACAGCUACUGAAGCCUGCACACUUAGAGCCCAUGCUCUACAACAAGAGAAGCCACCGCAGUGAGAAGCCCGCGCACUGCAACGAAGAGUAGCCCCCAUUCGCUGCAACUAGAGAAAGCCCACGCACAGCAACAAAGAUACAACACAGCCAAAAAUAAAAUUUUUAAAAAAUAGAUGAGGUUCAACUUAUCAAUCUUUUUCUUUACUGGAUCAUGCUUUCGGUAUAAUUCAGAAAUCUUUGCCUAACUGAAAACUUAUGGAAGUUUUACAGUUGUAAGUUUUGCAUUUAGGUGUAUUUAGCAUUUCAAGUUAAUUUUUGUACAUGUGCAAUGUGUGGAUCAAAUUUCAUAUUUCUGACUAGGGAAAUCCAAUUGUUCCAGCAUCAUUUGUUGAAAAACAGCAGAAUAAAAUAAAAAUAGAACUUCAGAAAUUAAAAAAUAUAAUACAUUAAAAAACUUUUCCAUAAUACAAGUUGAGGUUUCCAUUACUGUAAGGUUAAUGAAAAAUAUUGUUUAGUCACGAAAAGCACAAAAGCAAUGUUAGUGCAACUUAAAAGUGUACACAAUUGACCAUAUAUUUAUCUGAGAAAGUACCAAAUGAUUAUAAGGCAGUCACAUCCUAGCCAGUCUCUACUACUAUAAGUCUAAGAACUUUAAUUCUAUUUAAUUCUUUCCAGCACAGUAAGACAGCCAAAAACUUCUGCUUAGAUUUUUUUUUUUUUU